AUUUGACAUUAGCCUUAGCAUUAUGGAAUGAUUUGGAAAGUCAAAUUGAUGAAACAUUUGAACAUAUUGAUGAUGGAAGCGGUGGAAGACUUACGAAACUUACGGAUGAAGAAGUUACCAAGAAAAUUAAUAAAAUAGUCGAUGAAAAACUUUUAAUCUUGGAAAAAACUAUAAAAAAACAUUAUCUUUCUGGAUUUAAAUUAUAUGAUUCAGAUCUUAAAAAAUCGAAAAAAAAUGAGAAUAUAUUUGAAUGGGAAAUAACUGAUACUGAUAGAGUUACUCUAAUUCCCGACUCAUAUAUAAGUAAAGCCGAUACUUAUGAAUUAACUACGGGAGAUUGGACUUUAAUGACAGGAAUUUGGCCAUUGGCAUUGGUUGAUGGAAAUCAAUCAAAAGUUGAUAAUGGAUUGAUAUUUGGAUUACUUGAUGAUGAAUAUUUGUAUUUUACUGUUAAUAAGCAACAUUAUGAUCCUAUGACUUUUGAGAAUGCACUAUGGAUAAUAUUAUUUGGUCGAGGAAAAUAUAAAUCUUGGGGAUUAGUUCAACGAUAUUUUUUACGUAAUUCGCCUGAUGUCCAUAAGAAAGAUGAUACCGAUCGUUUAUUAAAUAUGCCUUAUUUAGAACCAAAUUCUGCAACUUCUAUAUUUUAUUUUAAUACUAUAGGAACACCAACAUUUUAUGGAAAUUGUGGCGUUAUUGGCAUAGGAAAAUUCAAUGAGCAUACUGAUAAAGAAAUUACCAAGAAAAUUAAUAAAAUAGUUGAUAAAAAACUUUGGUUCUUGGAACAAAUUAUGAGUAGACAUUAUAUUUCUGGAUUUAGAUAA